CAUACAGACAAAGAGAAAUUUUUGAAUUAGGACACUCUGAUUCUUUUAUUGUCAUUAAUACAUAUUAUCAUCAUCAUCAUCAUCAUCGUCAUCCCCACUCUUAUCUUAUCCCCUCUCUAAACACUUCACAUUUAGAGUCGUCUUAUAUGUAACUUAUCACGGACAUUACACAUCGUUCGUAAGUAUAUGUAGUUUUAGUAUAUUAUUUUAAACAUAGUUUGGCUCUUAAAAAUAAAAACGCAUAUUUAAAUAAUGUUCAGUAAACAAUAGGUCAAAACUAAUCAUAUACAUAUGUUACAGAUUCUUAUAAUCACAUAUUAUAUUAAUGCCACUUAGAACGAAACAAUUUGUAACAUUUUCCACAUUUCGAAAGUACUUGCAAUCAAAAAUGAACAAUGAAAGAACCAUUAGCAUUCAUUCUGAUACACACACAGAGGUUUAUAAUAUUCCAAUGAACGUACUUAUCCGACCAAUUCCUCCAAUUGUCGAUGAAGAAAAGGUACAAAGCUUAAUGAAUACAUUGAACGAUCCUGAAACAGUAUCAUUGGUACCGCCAAUCGAUGUUUUAUGGAUUAAAGGAAGCGAAGGCGGCGAUUAUUAUUACUCUUUUGGCGGAUGUCAUCGAUAUACAGCCCAUCAAAGACUUGGAAGACCAUUCAUAAGAGCGAAACUAAUACAAUCUACAAUAACGGACUUAAAAUCUUAUUUAGGUGGAUCUACCCCCAAUUUAAAAUAGCCGUAUUUGUAUGUGUUAUCUAUAAACUCUAUACGGGUAUGUGUAUGGAAAAUGAAUUGAUUUAUUUAUUAAUGCGCUGUACUUUAUUAACUAUUUUGUUAAUGUAAUUUUAAUGUUAACAUUUAUGUUCAGAUUAUAAGUACACUGUAUGUAAAAUUUUCAUAUUUGUGUAAAAUGAAUCAAACUUUGAUAUGAUAAAAUAGUAGAUAAAAUAAACUAUAUAUGAUAAAAAGUU